AUGUCUAGCGUAACUUCGCAUCGUCCUGGAUAUCAUCAUGGUUUACAUACCAGUGGGCGAGACUAUUAUCAUGACCAUUCAUUUGUUAGCCCUUCUCAGUUUGAGGACUUCGUAUCACUGACGCCUCUGGUCAAUGCAGAUGAAAGGCUACCAGAUUAUAUCCGGGCCAUGGUGAAGACGCUCAGGGAUCGAAAGGCUGAUUGGAAAUCAGCACCGGGAGCUUUGCAGGCGGAAGACGAUGCGGAAGAAGAUGAACGUUAUGAUGACGCCGGCUAUACCACCGAGUACGACGCCUCUGAAGCAAGCGAUGAGGACUUGAACAAUGAUUCGCCUCUCGAAUCAGGCUCCCCAGUCAGCAGUAGUGACGACGUUCCGCCAGUCGUCUCCAGCGACGAUGAUUUGGACAGCCUCUCUCCGCUCGAGGCGGGAUCCCCGGUGUACGGUAGUGGCAGUGAAAGUGACGAGUUUGACUCGGACCAGGGGGUCUAA